AUGGAGGAACAAACCAUGGUCCUCAUUGUUGGGGCAGGCCCAGCGGGGCUCGCAACGGCAGCAUGCCUCACACAACUCUCCAUCCCUUAUGUAAUCGUCGAGCGUGAGUAUUGCAGCGCAUCCCUGUGGCGCAACCGUGCCUACGACCGCCUCAAGCUACACCUUGCAAAGGAGUUUUGCGAGUUGCCCCACAUGUCGUACCCGGCAGAUGCCCCAACCUACAUCCCAAAGGAUCAGUUUGUGAAGUACCUCGACAGUUACAUUGAGUGCUUCAACAUCCGACCAAAGUACCACACUGCCAUCGAGUCAUGCACAUAUGACGAAGCUAGAAGAUGUUGGCUCGGUGUGGCUCAUGACAUGAAAACAUCCGUGUCUGUUAGGUACAUGGCGAGGUUCCUUGUUGUCGCAAGCGGUGAGAAUAGUGCAGAGAACAUUCCUGUGAUCCCUGGGCUACACUGCUUUACUGGAGAGACUAUCCACUCAUCAAGAUACAAGUCAGGUGCCACCUACUCGGGGAAGAACGUACUAGUGGUUGGGUGUGGCAACUCUGGAAUGGAGAUAGCCUAUGACCUUGCGUCUCAUGGUGCCAACACAUCCAUUGUUAUUCGCAGCCCGGUACAUGUAACCACAAAAGAAAUAAUCCGGUUGGGCAUGACAUUGGUCCAACAUACACCGGUGAAUGUUGUAGAUGAUCUUCUUGUGAGGUUGUCAAAUUAUGUGUUUGGAGACCUGUCAAGGCAUGGAAUUGUGAGACCUAAAAUGGGUCCUCUCCUUCUCAAGGAAAAAAUUGGUAGAUCUGCUGUGAUUGAUGUUGGGACAGUUGGUUUAAUUAAGAAAGGAACCAUCAAAGUGCUUGGAAACAUUUCCAAAAUCAAGGGAAAGAUUGUUGAAUUUGAAGAUAGAAACGAAGACACUUUUGAUGCUAUUGUAUUUGCAACAGGAUAUAAAAGCACUGCAAAUACAUGGCUCAAGAAUGGUGAAAGCAUGCUGAAUAAUGAUGGAUUGCCUAAGAAAGAAUUCCCAAAUCAUUGGAAGGGUGAAAACGGGCUCUAUUGUGCUGGUUUGGCAAAGAGAGGCCUGGCUGGAAUCGCAAUGGAUGCCAAGAACAUCGCCAAUGACAUAUUGUCUUGUCUAGCUUCCAUGCAUGAUAUCUAG